CCCGCUGUAUCUGUGGCACUGACGUGUAUUUGUGCUCUGGGUGAUGACGUGUCCUGAAUGCGCUCCAUUGACCGGUGCUUGCUAACUGCUAUACUGGGACCAUCAUCAGAGGGGACAUCAUGGCCAUUAAAUUCCUAGAAGUGAUCAAGCCAUUCUGUGCGGUUUUACCAGAGAUCCAGAAACCAGAGAGGAGGAUUCAGUUCAGAGAAAAAGUGUUAUGGACUGCAAUCACCCUGUUCAUCUUUCUGGUGUGCUGCCAGAUUCCCCUCUUUGGAAUUAUGUCUUCAGAUUCAGCUGAUCCCUUUUACUGGAUGAGAGUGAUCCUGGCAUCCAACAGAGGUACUCUGAUGGAGUUGGGUAUCUCUCCCAUUGUUACAUCUGGUCUAAUCAUGCAGCUGCUGGCUGGAGCAAAAAUCAUUGAGGUUGGAGACACACCUAAAGAUAGAGCGCUUUUCAACGGAGCUCAAAAACUUUUUGGUAUGAUCAUCACCAUUGGCCAGGCUAUUGUGUAUGUGAUGACUGGCAUGUAUGGAGACCCUUCAGAGAUGGGUGCUGGAAUCUGCCUCCUCAUCAUCAUCCAGUUGUUUGUAGCCGGUAUGAUCGUGUUGCUGCUGGAUGAGUUGCUGCAGAAGGGUUACGGAUUGGGCUCUGGUAUCUCUCUCUUCAUCGCCACCAACAUCUGUGAGACAAUCGUAUGGAAGGCGUUCAGUCCAACCACAGUCAACACAGGAAGAGGUACUGAGUUUGAGGGAGCCAUUAUUGCUCUGUUCCACCUGUUGGCCACUCGUACCGAUAAAGUGCGAGCACUGAGAGAGGCCUUCUACAGACAGAACCUGCCCAAUCUCAUGAACCUCAUCUCUACAAUCUUUGUCUUUGCAGUGGUCAUAUACUUUCAGGGCUUCAGAGUCGACCUGCCUAUCAAAUCUGCACGUUACCGUGGCCAGUACAACACCUAUCCCAUCAAACUGUUCUACACCUCCAACAUUCCCAUCAUCCUGCAGUCUGCACUGGUGUCCAACCUUUACGUCAUCUCUCAAAUGCUCUCCACUCGCUUCAGUGGGAACUUCUUGGUCAACCUGCUGGGGACUUGGUCGGAUAGCUCAAGUGGAGGACCAGCUCGUGCUUAUCCAGUAGGUGGUCUGUGUUACUAUCUCUCUCCCCCAGAGUCUUUCAGCACAUUACUGGAAGAUCCAGUCCAUGCCAUCAUUUACAUCAUCUUCAUGCUGGGAUCCUGUGCCUUCUUUUCUAAGACUUGGAUCGAAGUGUCUGGAUCUUCUGCCAAAGAUGUCGCCAAACAGCUGAAAGAACAGCAGAUGGUCAUGAGGGGACACAGAGAAACUUCUAUGGUCCAUGAACUCAACAGGUACAUCCCCACAGCUGCAGCUUUCGGAGGCCUGUGUAUAGGUGGCCUCUCAGUCAUGGCCGACUUCCUGGGAGCCAUCGGCUCAGGAACUGGAAUCUUGUUGGCCGUCACUAUCAUCUACCAGUACUUUGAGAUCUUUGUGAAAGAACAGAGUGAAAUGGGCAGUAUGGGUGCUCUCCUCUUUUAGUACGGCCCUCUGUAACCACAUCAGACUGACUAAAUUAUAAGGUUAAGUCCUUUUGUAUGAUUUUUUUUUUUUUUAUGCACAGAUUCAUUGCUCUACAUAAAGGUUGCAGAGUGAAUAGUAUUCUGUUCUCUUGGGAAAAAUAUGGCAGCUUGAUAACUCAGUAUUAAGCAUGGGAAUGUAACCAUUGUUCAUUUUCACACUUUUCACCAACCUCCCAAGCCAGUAUCUAUAUAUGGGUGUUUCUGAUUCCAUUUAGUAAUGCAUAAGAGAAGUAACAUGUCCAAACUUGAUCACGCUUUGACACGUCCUGAACUAAAUGUGUCUCGGUAUGUUUGUGAUGAGGUGAGUGGAAU